CAGCAGGAGGAGCUGCAGGAGCAGCAGAAACCGUCUCCCUGUUGCUCACUGAAGCCACAGAUUGUCUAAUUAGAUUAGGCGAGGCUUUCCUCAGAUAAUCAUUUAGCCGGCUCUGUUUUUUCGUUGUCUUUUUUUUUUUCUUCUUCUUCUUCACCACAGAGAGGGCUGCCUAUGCCCGUCAGACAGCGAAGCUCCAGUGAAUUUGUGAAUUUAGGGUUUGCUGAGGAAACUGUGGUUUCUGAGAAAGUGCCCUGAAGAGUUGUGGCUGGUUAUGGACCGGUCCUGGAGCUUGGAUUGUGACGCUGCUCAGAGUAAUUGCACUGCCACUAAUACCUGCUGUUACUAACAGAAGGCAAUGGGGGAAGUUUCUGCACACGAUCCCUGUCAGGACAGACCUGCGCUUCAGGCUCAAGAUUGAGUCUGACUUUUUUGGGGAAGUUCCUUUCUGAGUUCCUGACAAAGAAGACAUGGCCAACAACUCGUUUCGUGGCUCCAAAUAUGUGCAGCGUGGCGAAGCCAGCCGCGAGGCAGAGUUUAGCUGCUCUCUGCUGGAGCUUCGCUCACUCAUGGAACUAAGAGGAGUGGAGGCAAUCACCAGGAUCCAGGAGUCUUAUGGAGACGUUAAUGGACUUUGUCUCAAACUGAGAACGUCAUCUGUAGAAGGUCUGGAAGGGAAUUCAGAGGACAUCAACAGGAGGAAGGAAGAGUUUGGACAGAACCUCAUACCUCCCAAAAAGCCAAAAACCUUUUUACAGUUAGUGUGGGAAGCCCUGCAGGAUGUCACACUCAUUAUCCUGGAGGUGGCAGCCAUCAUUUCACUAGGCCUUUCAUUUUACAGCCCACCAAAUGCCGAAAGACAGCAAUGUGGCAAAGCAGCGGGCGGAGUUGAGGAGGAUGGAGAGGCGGAGACUGGAUGGAUUGAAGGUGCAGCCAUCCUCCUGUCGGUGGUCUGUGUGGUGCUGGUGACAGCCUUCAAUGACUGGAGCAAAGAGAAGCAGUUCCGCGGGCUGCAGAACCGAAUCGAGCAGGAGCAGAAGUUCACCGUGGUCCGAGGGGGACAGGUGGUCCAGAUCAAAGUGUCUGAGAUUGUCGUCGGUGACAUCGCACAAGUCAAGUAUGGUGACCUCCUUCCUGCUGACGGAGUCUUGAUCCAGGGCAACGACCUGAAGAUAGACGAAAGCUCUCUGACUGGAGAGUCAGAUCAUGUCAAAAAGAGUCUUGACAAAGACCCCAUGCUGCUGUCAGGGACUCACGUCAUGGAGGGAUCCGGCAAGAUGGUGGUCACUGCUGUCGGCGUCAACUCUCAGACUGGAAUCAUCUUCACGCUACUCGGCGCCAGCGAUGAAGGUGACAGUGAAGAAAAGAAGGAAAAAAAGAAGAAAGAAAAGAAGGACAAGAAGAGUAAAAAAGACAAAGAUCUGAAAGGAAAAAACAAGGAUGGAGCCACUGUGGAGAUGCAACCACUAAACGAAGAUGGAGACUUAGAGAAAAAGAAAAAGAAUUUACCCAAGAAGGAGAAAUCUGUCCUGCAGGGGAAGCUCACUAAGCUUGCUGUUCAGAUUGGUCAAGCAGGUUUGCUCAUGUCUGCUCUGACUUUCAUCAUCCUCAUCACUCGCUUCCUGAUUGAUAGCUUCUGGAUUCAGGGCGUCCCCUUCGCGCCUGAGUGUGUGCCGGUCUACGUGCAGUAUCUGGUCAAGUUCUUCAUCAUUGGUGUGACUGUGCUGGUGGUGGCGGUGCCUGAAGGUCUCCCUCUGGCUGUCACCAUCUCCCUGGCAUAUUCUGUCAAGAAAAUGAUGAAGGACAAUAAUCUGGUUCGCCAUUUGGAUGCCUGUGAGACGAUGGGCAAUGCCACAGCUAUCUGCUCUGAUAAGACUGGCACACUCACAAUGAACCGCAUGAGGGUGGUGCAGAUCUACAUCGCUGGACUACACUUCAAAAAGGUGCCUGAUCCGGACCUCCUCCCAGCCAAGAUCUUAGAUCUUCUCAUCCUAAGCAUUGGAGUCAACAGCGCCUACACCACCAAGAUUAUGCCUCCGGAGAGGGAAGGUGGGCUGCCCCGCCAGAUUGGAAACAAGACCGAAUGUGCUCUUCUGGGACUUUGCCUCGACCUGCGACGAGACUACCAGACCAUUCGCAAUGAGUUCCCUGAAGAGAAGCUCUUCAAAGUCUACACCUUCAACUCUGUACGGAAGUCAAUGAGCACAGUUCUGAGGCACCACGAUGGCAGUUACCAAAUGUUCAGCAAAGGAGCUUCUGAGAUUCUGCUCAAGAAAUGCUGCCAGAUCUUGAUGGCCAGUGGCAAACCUAAAGUCUUCAAACCUCACGAUCGAGAAGACCUGGUGAAAAAGGUGAUUGAGCCAAUGGCUUCAGAGGGGCUUAGAACCAUCUGCAUUGCCUACAGAGACUUUCCUGUAUCUGAAGGAGAACCUGAUUGGGACAAUGAGGCCGAAAUCCUCACUGGACUCACAUGCAUCGGAGUGGUCGGGAUUGAGGAUCCUGUGAGACCUGAGGUGCCAGAAGCCAUCAGGAAAUGCCAGCGUGCGGGAAUCACUGUCCGCAUGGUGACUGGAGACAACAUCAAUACUGCCCGGGCCAUUGCCACAAAGUGUGGCAUUUUGCAACCUGGAGAUGACUUUCUGUGCAUGGAGGGCAAAGAGUUCAACCGCAGGAUUCGCAACGAGCAAGGCGAGAUUGAGCAGGAACGUUUAGACAAGAUUUGGCCCAAGCUGAGAGUUCUGGCUCGAUCCUCUCCGACAGACAAACACACUUUAGUCAAAGGUAUAAUUGACAGUACAGUGCUGGAGCAGAGGCAGGUGGUCGCAGUAACUGGAGACGGAACGAAUGAUGGCCCCGCCCUCAAAAAAGCAGAUGUUGGCUUUGCGAUGGGCAUUGCAGGAACGGACGUGGCAAAAGAGGCGUCGGACAUUAUCCUGACGGAUGACAACUUCACCAGCAUCGUCAAAGCUGUCAUGUGGGGCAGGAACGUCUACGACAGCAUCUCAAAGUUCCUGCAGUUCCAGCUCACAGUCAAUGUGGUUGCUGUUACUGUUGCAUUCACCGGAGCCUGCAUUACUCAGGACUCUCCUCUUAAAGCUGUCCAGAUGUUAUGGGUCAAUCUCAUCAUGGACACCUUCGCCUCACUGGCUCUUGCCACCGAACCACCAACUGAAGCCCUGCUGCUCAGGAACCCAUACGGCCGCAAGAAGCCGCUUAUCUCGCGCACAAUGAUGAAGAACAUUCUGGGUCAUGCUGUCUACCAGCUGACCAUAAUCUUCACUCUGCUUUUUGUUGGUGAGGAGAUCUUUGACAUUGACUGUGGCAGAAACACCCCUCUGCACGCGCCCCCCUCUGAGCACUAUACCAUUGUUUUCAACACAUUUGUGCUGAUGCAAAUUUUCAACGAAUUCAAUGCUCGCAAGAUCCACGGAGAGAGGAACGUCUUUGACGGCGUGUUCAGGAACCCUAUCUUCUGCUCCAUUGUCCUGGGAACCAUCAUCGCGCAGUUUGUAAUCGUGCAGUUUGGUGGCAAACCGUUCAGCUGCUUUCCUCUCACCCUGGAGCAGUGGCUCUGGUGUGUGUUGUUGGGCCUCAGCAGCCUUCUGUGGGGACAGCUUGUCUCCAGUGUCCCUACAAGGUGGCUGACGUUUCUAAAAACGGCGGGUCACGGGACGCAGCAGGAGGAGAUCCCUGAGGAAGAACUGGAGGAGAUGAAGGACAAGGAUGAAAUUGAUCACGCAGAGAUGGAGCUGAGGAAGGGCCAGGUGCUCUGGGUCCGAAGCCUCAAUCGCAUCCAGACACAGAUCCGGGUGGUGAACGCUUUCCGAGACAGCAUGUCUCCUUACGAAGGUUUGGAGACCCCCGAGUCUCGCAACUCCAUCCACAACUUCCGCAACUACCCUGAGUUCAGCAUCGAGGACUUAGAACCCCAGAUACCCCUCAUCGAUGAAAAUGAGGGCGAGGAUGAGCCCCCCACUAAGCGAAACUCCGUCCCCCCUCCUCUGACUGGACUGUCCAACCUGUCAGCUCUGCCUCUGUCCUCGCCCACCGAGAACAAUGCUGUGGACCGCCCUCCCCCUCUCCACAGAGACGGCUCGAGGUCUGGUCUCAUCCCCCCCAACUCAGCGGGGCUGCCCCCUUGUCCGGGGAGCCCUCUGCACAGCCUGGAGACCUCUCUAUAAAAGAUCCGUUUGCUUUUGACCUCAGGAGUUCCUCUGAAAGAUGAGGAAUAAAAAGACAUUUGAAAGUUGGAGGAACCGACGGGGAAGCAGCAGAGGGUUCGGCCGUGGCGCUGAACCCACAUCUUUGUUCUUUAACACACAGGAAGUUUAUCUAUUGAUGUUUAGCUGAGGAGUUUCUGUGACGUGAUCCAAUUCUGGUUCUGAUGUGUAAAUAAUCUGUUGGUGUAGUCAGCUCAUUCAACCCACAGUUUAUGAUCAGUCAAGCUGAUGUGAACUGGUGGGGAUGAGUUCAAGGUCAGUGUUCUGCGUUGUAAUUUAAGGAAUCCCUCACACAGAUGUGUAGUUUCUGUUUAUUGAAGGGGGUGGGGGGGUGAGGGGGGUACUCCCUGACACACUGGACACAUUGCAGACCAGUGAAGCUCAUUUUCUUCAUCUGGAAGCUUCACCAGGAUGUUUCAGAGAAGUGCUGCCCACUCCCACACAAUCCCACCAGAAGACAACACCAUGGAGAAACAAACAUGGAGCCUCUUUUUUCCCAGGCUGAGGUUUUACAUCACAGACAAAGAAACUGCAUCUAAAUCUGUAUUCAGUAACCUGUGUUUGGAAAGCUCACGGUCUGGAGUCAAUCGCCGUCACAACCGGCAGCUCUCCACCCGCUGACUGUGUCCGCUGUGUCCGGGGCUUUUCUCAGAUGUGUGUUUGGAGACGGUUUAACCUAAAUCCUAACUUUAUGUUUUAGCGUUUUUUUAUGUUUUAGCUUGUUGUUGUCUGAAAAAGUGUAAAACAAUUGCUAUUAAAGGUUUAAAAAAGGGAUUCUUGGGCGGAAUGUAUGUUUUAGAUAAGCUUCACCUUUCAAAGGCAACUAAGAAAAAAACCUAUUUCCAUUCCUCACCAGGUGUGAAAACGACACGUUUGUGCGGAAAAGUUAUUUUCUUCAUGUGAGUGUACAUGUGUGUGUGUGUGGGAGGGGGGGCCUGGUUGGCAGGCGAAUAAAACUCUUAAAAAAAAUAUUUGUCACUGUU